AUGGCGACAACAACAACAGCAACAGCAGCAGCAGCAAUUAAAACAGUAUUUUCAACAAGUACAAUUGAAUGGGCAAUGUGGGCCAAUGAACAUGUUUUAUUAACCGGUUAUGUUUUAGGAAUAUUCAGUAUUCUUACAAUUAUUUUUCGUUUUCCAUUAUGGCAAAUUGCUAUUUAUGGACUUUUACUUGCAUUAUUUAUUAUUAUUAUUGAAUAUCCACGUAGUGGACGUAUUGUUAAAAAAUCUAAAGCACGACCAUUACAAAAGUAUCCAUCAUUAUUAUUAACGAAAUUAGGACCGUUAACUCGAAAUUAUUUUAUACGUUUUGUUGUUUAUAUUUUAUUAAGUCUUCCUUGUCUUUUUCUUAUAUCAACAAUAGCACCUGCUAUUUCAUUAAUAAUUGGUGCUGGUGCAUAUGGUUUAGCUGCACUUUUUCAAGAACAAUGGAUACCAGUUGAACCAAAGACAACGGACAAUACAGUGCCUAUGCCAACUAGACCACCUCCACGUGAACCACUAUAUCGUGCUCCAUCAAAUGCUUAA